AUGGACUCUCAAACUUCGAAGUCAUAUAUGGCACCUCUGAAGAACAAAUUAGAGGAAGGAACUUUCAUAGUAGGAAGUAUUGGAGCAGGGUAUGUAGGAGCAAUUACUUCAAUAAUCUUAGCAGCUAGAUAGCCAAAUUUGAAAAUUAUAGUCUGUGAUGUGAUGCAAGAAUAGAUUAAUAAAUGGAAUGAAGGACGAUUCCCAUUUUAUGAGCCAGAUCUUGAAAAAUACUAUGAUAUUGCAGUGAACGUAAACAAAAAUAUUACUUUCACAGUUGAUGUUGGUAAUUGCAUAGACUAAUCAGAUGCUUUGUUUAUUUGUGUGAAUACACCUCCCAAAGUUGACUCUGAUGCUGUACUUGGAAAAGAAGCUGAUAUGACAUACUUUGAUGCAGCGAUUAGGAAUAUCUCCAACUAUGGCAACCCUGAAAAACAUAAGAUUCUUAUUGAAAAGAGUACUGUUCCAGUAGGUACAUAUAAGCGUAUCAAUUCUUUAUUGGGAGAGAAAAUCUAAAACCCAGAGGCUUGUUUCACCAUAGUAAAUAUGCCAGAAUUUUUAGCUGAAGGGUUAGCUGUUUAAAGACUUUUAAAUCCUGACAGGAUAGUUAUAGGGACUACUGAGGAUUUAAAUGGAUAAGAAGCAUUUGAAGUGAUCAAGGGACUAUAUACAAACACGGAAACAUUAUUCUUAAAACUUAGAACUCCUAGCAGUGAGCUGGCUAAAUUAUUCAUUAAUGGGAUGCUAGCAUAGCGAGUAACUUCAAUGAAUUCUAUGACAUAUCUUUGUGAAAAAUUUGGAGGAAGCAUAUAGGAGGUACAGCGAAUGACAGGUAGUGACCCAAGAAUAGGUCCUCUUUGGCUACAGGCCUCUCCAGGUUUUGGUGGGAGUUGUUUUGAGAAAGACAUCUUAAGUUUGAUCUAUAUAUUUGAAUCAGAGGGACAGCAAGCUUAGGCUUUGUACUGGAAAGCCUUGCUUAAUAUGAAUGAUGCAUAAAAGCAUAGAAUUUUAGACAUGAUUAUUUCUGAGUUCCCUGAACCAGAGAGUACCACUCUUACAUUAUUUGGAUUCGCUUUCAAAAAGAAUACUUCUGAUACCAGAUUGACAGCAAUAGCAUAUAUUGCUAAUGGCCUUAUUCACAAGGGAUAUCACGUUAAGAUCCAUGAUCCAAAGGUGACAGAGAGAAGUUUUCAUUUUGAGAUGGAAGUUUAAGGUUUUAACAUUGUAGAAAAGACAAAUUACGAAUUCUGUGGAUCUGACUAUAGAAAAGCAGUUUCAGGAUCAAGCGCAAUUAUCAUUGGCACUGAAUGGGAUGAAUACAACGAAUUAAACUAUAACGAGCUGAUUACAUUGAUGGAUGGAGAUAAGAAAAACUUGUAUGAUUUUAGAUCAUAUGUUGAUGUAUAACAAAUACAAUAAGCAGGAUUUAGCAAAGUCUUUAAACUAGGAAAUUGA